CCGCUGGCUCAACAUGGCGUCCGUGUCCCUGAGCGAGCCGGAGAAGGUGUACAUCGUGCACGGAGUGCAGGAAGACCUCCGCGUGGAUGGCCGUGGCUGUGAGGACUAUCGAUGCAUCGAAGUGGAAACUGAUGUGGUGUCCAACACCAGUGGGUCUGCCAGGGUCAAGCUGGGCCACACAGACAUCUUGGUGGGCGUGAAAGCAGAGAUGGGGACCCCCAAGCUGGAGAAACCAAACGAAGGCUACCUGGAGUUCUUUGUCGACUGUUCUGCCAAUGCCACUCCUGAGUUUGAAGGCCGAGGAGGUGACGAGCUUGGCACAGAGAUUGCUAACACUCUCUACCGGAUAUUUAACAACAAGAACAGCGUCGACCGGUCAUCCCUCUGCAUUAGUCCCCGGGAGCACUGUUGGGUUCUCUAUGUAGAUGUGUUGCUGCUGGAAUGUGGUGGGAAUCUGUUUGAUGCCAUCUCCAUUGCAGUCAAGGCUGCUCUUUUCAACACAAGGAUACCAAGAGUUCGUGUUCUGGAGGAUGAAGAGGGAUCAAAAGACAUUGAAUUAUCAGACGACCCUUAUGACUGCAUCCGACUGAGUGUGGAGAAUGUUCCCUGCAUUGUCCACCCUCGGUGUUUCCCUGCCUGCCUUUGCAGAUUUGGUUAUCGGCACGUUGUGGAAGCUACUUCCAGGAGUGAGGCCUGUUCCUUGGCCAGCUUGUUGGUGUCUGUGACCAGCAAAGGAGUCGUGACGUGCAUGAGGAAAGUAGGGAAGGGCAGUCUGGACCCAGAGAGCAUCUUCGAGCUCCCACAGACGGGCAAGCGAGUGGGCAAAGUCCUGCACGUGUCCCUGCAGAGCCUGUUGCACAAAGAAGAAAGCCUAGGAGCCCAGAGACAGAAAGUGGGGUUUCUGGGGUGACUGGCAUGACCUCUGCAACAGCAGCUGUGUGCUUUCAACUUUUCCUUCCAGGCUGAUGUUUGUAUAUAUAUUUUUACUAAUUGUUAUGAGAUGAUGGCAACAUUUGUAUAUGCAAAAUAAAGUUUAUUUUCUGGUCUA